GCACUUUGAGAAUAUUUCCUCACCUGACAGUUCCCCAGAAAUAAAAAGGCGAGCUUACAGUCAAGAGGGAUAUGACAGAGCAUCGAUUCUAGCACUGAACUCUUUCAGAAAUUCCAACCUGACAGAAAUGGGCCUGCAAGAGAUAAAGACUAUUGGAUAUUCCAGUCCAAGGAAUAGGACUGAUGUCACACGGCAGUGCACUGGAGAAAUGGAAUCUGUGUCAGACCUCCAGCUGGGACUCGAAGUAAUUGAGCAAAGUACACUGCAUAAAAACCUGGAAGCCCCCACACAUGAUAGGACUGAUUCAAACAGCCAAUUAGAAACUGCUCAUUGUGGACGGGGCACAAUUUAUUCUUCCUGGGUAAAAAGUCCCGACAGGACAGGUGUAAAUUUCUCAAUGAAUUCUAAUUUGAGGGACUUGACCCCUUCACAUCAGUUGGAGGUAGGAGGUGGAUUCAGAAUAAGCGAGUCAAAGUGCCUGAUUCAAGACGAUGCUAGAGGCAUGUUCAUGGAAGCAUCUGUUUUUUGUACUUCAGAAGAUGGAAUUGCAUCUGGCUUUGGAAGGACUGUCAAUAAUGACAACUUGAUGGAUGGAAAUUGCACACCCCAGAAUCCUCCACAAAAGAAAAAGGUAUCCUUAUUAGAAUACCGUAAGAGACAACGAGAAGCUAGAAAAAGUGGCUCAAAGACAGAAAACUUCCCCCUGGUUACUGUAUCUCCUCAUGCUGCUGGUGGAGGAAAUAUAAGUAGUAACAAUGGUGCUAAUGAUGGGUAUAACAACAGUGGUGAAAAUGGGGAGCAAACUGAUAACGCUGCGAGCCUACCUUUACCACUGCCAACUACUGUUUAUAAUGCAGCUCCAGAAGACGUGGGCAAUAACUGUGCAAUUAAGGAGUCUUCCAGUGAGAAGAAUGAACCAGAGGUUCAGUGGACUGCAUCAACCUCUGUGGAACAAGUGAGAGAACGAAGUUAUCAGAGAGCUUUACUUCUCAGUGAUCAUAGGAAAGACAAGGACAGCGAACCUGAUCCUGAAAAUCCAGAGCCUACUUCUGAAUGUCCGUCCCCAGAUACUUCACAAAAGACUUGUAAGAGUCCGUCGAAAGCAAGCAAGCCCUCUUCACCGAGUCCUGUAGUUUCAACACAGUCACUUGGGAAAACACCCACAAAACCAGAUUCGCACUGGGAAACUGCAGCUAAUGCACCUGAGGCUGAAUGUGCGAAUCACCCAAAAUCUGAGCUGCAACAAAAACAGCUGACAAACAAUGUCCAAGCACUUUCAAAAAAUCACCCGUCUCAAUCACAUCUGCGCAAUUCUGCUGAGCAACUUUCACAUUCACAGAAGUUGCCUUCUGCACCUUUGAAGCUGCAUUGCCCCCCUUCUCCUCAUGUAGAAAAUCCUCCCAAGUCCUCCACCCCUCAUGCGCCUGUACAGCACGGUUAUCUGUCACCAAAGCCUCACUCGCAGCAGUUGGGAUCUCCGUACAGACCUCAUCAUCCACAGUCACCUCAAGUUGGAACGCCCCAGAGGGAAACACACCGAAACUUCUAUCCAGCAGCACCAACCCUUCAGCCUAGUAAUCAGCAGGCGGCUAGCGGACCCCUCUUUACUCAGACAACUUCAGGACAAUCUUCAGCUUCCUACAGCCAGUUUAACCAACAAAAUCUGAGCAGCAGUGCACCACCUCCCCCACCCCCCCCACCCCCUUCUUCUACAUACUAUCAAAACCAGCAGCCCUCUGGAAACUUUCAGAGUUACAGUCAGCUGAAGGGCAGCAUCCCCCAACAGACUGUGUUUUCAUCUGGACCAAAUCAAGCACUUCCUGGCACUGCAGGUCAGCAAACAGUGCCGGGACACCAUGUAACUGCGGGGCAUUUUUUGCCAUCUCAGAACCCCAGUAUUCAUCACCAGGCAUCGUCAUCGUCUGCUCCACCUCCUCCUCCACCACCUCCUGCUCCAGGACCUCACCUUGUACAGCAGCAAAGUACUCAUCAGCAGCACUCUGUAGCACACGUCGUUGGUCCAGUUCACGCUGUGGCAGUAGCUCCUGGAUCGCACAUCCAUUCUCAAGCUGCUGGUCACCAUUUGCCACCACCUCCUCCACCACCAGGUCCUCUCCCCCACCACCAACCUCCCCAUCCUUCAACUGGACACCAAGGUUUGCAAGCACAACACCAGCAUGUUGUAAACUCUGCGCCUCCCCCCUCCAAUGUUAUAGGCUCGGGGCAUCACCCAGCAUCAGCACAAGGGUUGCACCACCCAUCUCAUCAAGGACCCCCCCAUUUUCCUUCGAACGCUCACACGAGCGUCUCCUCCUAUUCCUCACAAGCCCCGCAUCACACAACGUUAGGACCUGGACCUCAACAUCAGCCUGCUGGAACAGGACCUCAUUGUCCACUCCCCGGUCAGGGUCCUCACAUCCAACCUCAAGGACCAAACAGUAUUGCAACGCCUACUGCUUCAGGGUUCUGCCCUCACCCUGGCUCUGUAACCCUUCCCCACGGGGUGCAGGGGCCGCAGCAGGCGUCGCCAGUGCCCGGACAGAUCCCCAUUCACAGAGCACAGGUGCCACCCACUUUUCAGAACAAUUACCAUGGUUCAGGGUGGCAUUAAAAUGGAUCCCUUUAAUUCUAAACAUUUUUAAAAUGUUCUGUAAUAUAAACUGUGUAUAUUUCAUAUGUACCUAUUCAAGGUACUUUUUAAAGCUUGUACAUGAUACUUUGUAUAAAAGCAAACACCAGUGCUCUUUCAUUGUAUUCUUUCCAUUUUUUGCUUUUUAAAAUUCCUGAAAAUGUGCUGUUAAGCCAGUAUUAGGUAUUCCUUUUUAUUUUGUAAGUGAACAUUCCAGCUGUUUUUUCUGGCAGUAGGUUUGAUGCUGCAUAAUCUUUAAAAUUUUAUUGUUGCAGUUAAAUUCAUUUAGUGAAUGUUUUCUAUAUUACUUUUAUACAUAUGUAAUUAAAUAAGUACACAGGCUAAGUGAUGGCACUAACUUUUUUUUUUUCCAUUUUCUUCUGUCAACAGUUCUUUGUGUGCAUAGAGAUAGAAAACAAUGCAAUACAAAUUUUUAUAGUUUUGGUGUGAACAUGGCUUUUUGUUCCAUCAGUUAUUUGCAGAAAAUGUAAUUUAAUGUAUAGACUGUUUCUAACGUCUCUGACGAGUGCUGUAAAUACUGUAUUUCUUUGGCUUGUAAGAUGGCUUAAAGCUUCUUUCAUUUGAUAUAGUAUUGUAUAUAAUAAGUCUCUUUUGCAAAAAAAAAAAAGUGUGAUCUUUGUGAAAGUAGUACAGUAUAUGAUCUUUGAUUUUUUUUUUUUAAUAUACUGUCACAUUGCAGCACUGGUUGGGCAUUUUAAUUCAUGUUAAUAAAUCACAAUUAUGUCAG